CCAAGUUUUGUUUUGUUCCCCAGCACAGGCCGCUGCCUCGGCUCCCACCCCGCAGCCUGCUUGCGAGAAGCCGGGGACAGGGCGGAGUGGACGCCGGGGACCACCUGGAGAGAGGGGCAGCUGCCGCGAGGCUCUUCCCCACCCGUGGCGCCCGGGCCCCUUGGCCGGACUGCCAUGGCCGACAGCGGCACGGGCAGCUCGGGCCCCUGGUGGAAAUCGCUAACGAACAGCAGGAAGAAAGGCAAGGAAGCCACGGUGGGAGCGCAGCCUCCUGCCCAGCCUGGCCCCGGGGAGCCUGCGCCGCCCACGCCGCCCAGCCCGGACUGGACUAGCGGCUCCCGGGAAAAUCAGCACCCCAAUCUCCUCGGGGGCGCCAGCGAGCCCCACAAGCCAGACAAGUUGUGCGGGGAGAAAUCAGGCAACAGCCGCCGCAAUUUGAAGAUCUCGCGCUCGGGCCGCUUUAAGGAGAAGAGGAAAGUGCGCGCCACUCUGCUCCCCGAGGGAGUCAGGUCCCCGGAGGAGGCGGGCUUCCUUGGUGACCCCCACGACGACAAGCAAUAGCCGUGGCGCUCCAGGACUGUCUCUCUUCCCACCUCCCCAACCCCCAGUGCUAAACCCGAGAGAAUUCUGACCCGCCCCUGUACCAUGUGUCUCAUCCCACCAAAUUCAGAAUGUUCACACAAGGCCUCCACGAUUUUGUUUUCCUAAAAAUUGAAGUGUCAGUUGAGUUUUCCGUGUUUCAUGACUCGAGGAUGUAUUAAAUAUUUAUUCGUGGUAAGGGAAGAUACCUGCCACAGAGGAAGUUGGCAUAAGUAUUUUGUUCUAAAAGCUUCUGUGGCCCCCACCCCUUGUGUCACCUACAGAAGUGAGAAGGGUACUUCUCUAAGAGAUGGUAGCUCAGCUGGAACUCUGCAGCCUCUCAAAUGAGGAAGGCCUGCUCUGAUUCAGGACUUGCUCUUGGAAAGCAAACCAGGAUGCUGUUUUUAAUGCCUGAGAAACGCACUUUAGAAGUCCUUCUGUAGACUUACACCUUAAGUGAAGGGAUGGGAGAGAGCAAGCAUUAAGUAGAAGCAUUUCAAGUAGGGCAAGAUUGCUUUUAAUGUUGAACUACACAACUGUACUGCCUGUUUUAACGUGGACUAUUAAAAUUGUUGCACUGUAAGACUUAA